CCGGUGACACCUCCAGCAAAGCGAGCCAUAAAAGCAGAGACCAUCUUAUAAACUGGACGGAGGUUGCCCGUUUCACUGUUCACUCUUACACUUUCUGAAAGAAACAAAGCGACAUGGCCGGUCAGAUGAAUAACAAGCUUCUCCAGACCUUGCGCGCAGGCAAGCAGACGUUCGGUAUCUGGCAGAUGAUCAACAGUCCUGCUAUUUCACGCACGCUGUCCCUUCUCGGUCCAGACUGGAUCUGCGUCGACUGCGAACACGGGAACAUCGACGAUGCUGGCAUGCACGAGGCGAUCCACAACAUCCGUGCGCCCGUCACACCGCUGGUGCGCAUCCCCGACAACCAGAACGUGUACGUCAAGCGCGCUCUGGAUGCGGGUGCACAGGGUCUCUGCGUACCCAUGGUCAACACCGUUGAGCAAGCGAAGUACCUCGUGGAGUCUGUCUACUUCCCCCCACAGGGCAAGCGCGGUCUCGGCUCUCCCUAUGCUAUGGCUUCGUACGCAUCUAAUGGUGUCGCCCCGAGCCUCGGAGACUAUUUCUUCAAUGCGAACGCGCAGAUUCUCCUUAUGGUCCAGAUCGAGACGGAGGAAGCGGUAAAGAACGUCGACGAGAUCGCUGCGCUGGAGGGGGUCCACAUGCUCAUGGUCGGGCCGUUCGACCUGAGCAACUCCCUCGGCGUGCCCCUGGUGAGGGGAGAAACCGACAAGCUCAAGGAGGCUAUUGGCAAGAUUCAGGCGAGCGCGGAGAAACAUGGCAAGUGGUGCGGGAUAUACAGCACGAGUCCCGAGGACGCGGCGCGCCGUGCUAGAGAGGGAUGGCAUUUCAUCGCUCUCGGCAGCGAGAUGAGCUUCCUCCAGACCGGCAUUGUCGACGGGCUGAGGAUUGCGCGUGGAGGCGAAACCAAGCAGAGCAAGGAGGUCCCCUACUAG